AUGAAGAUAUCUAUAAUCUAUGUGUUGGGUUUUGUAUAUCUGAUCGGAGAUAUCGUUGAUUGUCAGCCAGGUUUGUUUUGGGUACUUUUUGAGGUUGAAAAAUGAUUGCGCGGGAAAUUUUGGGAAUUUUUGAACUCAAAAAAAAUUCCCGAAAAUUGUACGUUUCAAAAUUAUUCUAUGAUGAAUUUUGAAAUUUUGAAAAUAAUCUUUCAAAAAUAUAAUACAAUCCAAAUACAAAUUAAAUUUCUAGGCUGAAUUUUUUCACAAAAAAACAGUUCUCAAAAAACUUAAGAAUCUGUAAAUUUCAGUUGUUUUUUAAAUUUGAAAAAGUGGUUUCUAAGAAUUUUUGAACUCAAAAAAAUUCCUGAAAAUUUUACGCUUCAAAUUUUGAAUAUGAAACAAUUUCAAACUAACGAGUAUUCCAGAACAGCUUCUAAAUAGAGUUAGAAAAUCUUUUGAAAAAACCCCGAAAACUUACGUUUCAAAAUUAUUCUAUGAUGAAUCUUUGUUUUUAAGGUUAGUAUUGUUUUUCUAUAUUUUUCAGACAAAACUGCUUGAAAAAAUUUCAGAAUCUGGAAUUUCAGAUUAAAUUUCAAGGCUGUAUUUUUUCACAAAAAAAACAGUUUCAAAAAACUUUUUCCAGGGAAACUUAAGAAUCUGUAAAUUUUUGUGUUUUUGAAAAAUUGUGAUUUUUAAUUAAAUUUAAAAAUGGGUUUUCUAAGAAUUUUUGAACUCAAAAAAAUUCCAGAAAAAUUUUACGCUUCAAAAUUUUUUUAUUAUGAAUUUUGAAAUUUAAAUAAUAAUCUUUCAAAAAUAUAAUACAAUCCAAAUACAACCCAAGUAGUUAGAAAAAUUAAAUUUCUAGGCUGAAUUUUUUCACAAAAAAAAAAACAGUUUCAAAAAACUUUUUCCAGGGAAACUUAUGAUUCUGUAAAUUUCAGUGUUUUUGAAAAAUUUGAAAUUUUUAAUUAAAUUUAAAAAUGGGGUUUCUAAAAAAUUUUAAACCCAAAAAAAAUUCCAGAAAAAUUUACGUUUCAAAAUUUCAAUAUCAAACAAUUUCAAACUAACGAGUAUUCCCGAACAGCUUCUAGAGUUAGAAAAUCUUUUGAAAAAACCCCGAAAACUUACGUUUCAAAAUUAUUCUAUGAUGAAUCUUUGUUUUUAAGGUUAGUAUCGUUUUUCUAUAUUUUUCAGAUAAAACUGCUUGAAAAAAUUUCAGAAUCUAGAAUUUCAGAUUAAAUUUCUAGGCUGAUUUUUUUCACAAAAAAAAGGUUUCAAAAAACUUUUUCCAGGGAAACUUAAGAUUCUGUAAAUUUCAGUGUUUUUGAUUAAAUUUAAAAAUGGGGUUUUCUAAGAAUUUUUGAACCCAAAAAAAAAUUCCAGAAAAAUUUACGUUUCAAAAUUUGAAUAUCAAACAAUUUAAAACUAACGAGUAUUACCAGACAGUUUCGAUUUUUGAAAACUAAAAAAAAUAUCCGCGAAAAAUUUUAAGUUUCAAAAUUGCUUAAUGAAUUUUGAGCUUAUAUAAACCUAGUACUCGCAAAAAUUUUAGCAUCUGAAAUUUGUAGGAAAACAUUUUGAAACAGUGAUUUUUUGGCGGAAAAUUCGAAACAUGUUUCAAAAUUUGUUCCAGAUGAUCAAAUAAAUCUGAUAAAAUUGGCAUGUGCCAGAAAUCCAACGCUAGGAAUUUGCGAAGAUCUCAGGAAUCGACGAAGUUCAGGAUCAGAUCGUAAGUUCGCCCUCUUCCUCAAAUUUCAUUUAUCAACCAAAUGUUUUUUUAACAGUAAUAACCCCACUUCCUCUUCCACCCGGAGCCGACAGAAAAGCUCACGACACCCCAACAACAACAACCCAAUCGCGCAAACCAUAUCCUCAUCUCACUCCCGAGCAAAGUUAUGUGCUCCAAACGAAAUGUGCGCGAGUCAGUCAUUUGGUGCGCAAACACUGUAAACCGGGCAAAGUUUCGGCGACGAAUGCGGGACGGUGUGCCGCGUUUUUCCGCGAUUGCUCCAGAUUUAUCAGCAAGGCCGAUCCGUUGGGUGCAAUUGCCAAUUCUUUUGAUUCGGCGGUGAGAUUUUUGUUUUUCGUUCAAAAAUUUGUUCAAAAAAAUCGGCCCGAGUUUUUUCAAAAAAAAAAUUGGCCCGAGUUUUUUUUUUUUAAAUCGGCCCAAGUUUUUUCAAAAAAAAAAUCGGCCCAAGUUUAAAAAAAAAUCGGCCCGAGUUUUUUCAAAAAAAAAUCGGUCCAAGUUUUUUCAAAAAAAAAUCGGUCCAAGUUUUUUCAAAAAAAAAUCGGCCCAAGUUUUAAAAAAAAUCGGCCCGAGUUUUUUCAAAAAAAAAUCGGCCCGAGUUUUUUCAAAAAAAUCGGCCCGAGUUUUUUCAAAAAAAAAAUCGGCCAGUUUUUUUUUUUUUUAUUAAAAAGGAUUUUUUAAAAAGGUAGACGUGGCAAAGUUGUUCGCAACCUCCUGAACUUUACAAAUCUGAUUCAAAUUUUCCAGGUCAACGUGAACAUCGCAAACGUGGAUGUGAAAGGAAUCCCAUAUUAUCCGAUGAAUGAAGAGGGAGCUGUUGGUGUCGGUUUGGGACUUGGUGUUCCUUUUGGAUCUUGGGGUGGCGGAUUCUCGAGCAGUGUUGGCGUCAGAGAUUAUUGGCAUUCUGAUCAGGAGGCUGGAGCGAAUUGGUAUGAUGGCAAGUAUGGAUAUAAGGUGAGAAACCGCGACGCACAGCCGCACGCGACUGACGAAGUUUUUUCAUUUUCAGAAUCACUGGAAUGUCCCGCUGGUUCAAUCGCUCGGUAUCGAAGGCGGUCAACACAACACCGUCUCAUUUCCACUUCACGGAAAAGACGCGGGAAAUUUGAAAGUGGAUAAUGGUUAUGGCGUCGGGCCGUAUUAUCAACAAAACGAUCAUGUUGGGGUGAAUGUGAAGGAGGGAAAUGUGAAACAUACGUUUGGUGUUGGUGUUCCGAUGGUUGGUGUUGGUGUUGAGACAGGACAAGCUGUCGCUUUUCCUGGAUUGGAUGUUUGGGAACGAGCGUUGGGUUGA